UAUUGAGCCUGAUAUUUUGACGCAGUUUUUCCAGUUGCCGAAGGUUUCCUUUCAGAUGUCUAACAUCUGCAGCUUUCGAUUCGUGAGCUGCCCGGUGUACAUUAGCUGUCUGUCACUCCGGGUGCUGGUCGUCCCGCGUCGCCGUGGCGGAGUGAGGGAACCCUCCCGGCCGGCCAGCUGCGGGGCGAGCGGUCCUCCGCUCCUACAGGGGGCGCCUGGUGGCAGCUCGCUGCCCAUCUCCGUGCGACAGCCCCCCGGGCUCCGGCGAGGAGGAGGUCGCGUCAUGGCGACUCAAGUCAGCGAGCUGGAGGCCGCCAAGAAAACCUUGACGGAGGCGCUCGGAGAGAACGUGAAGCAAUAUUGGGCAAACUUGAAGCUGUGGUUCAAGCAAAAGAUAAGUAAAGAGGAGUUUGAUUUGGAAGCCAGGAGGCUUCUUACUCAAGAUAAUGUGCAUUCCCAUAAUGACUUCUUGCUUGCGAUCCUCACUAGAUGUCAGAUUAUGGUUUCAGCUCCAGAGGGAACAUCCUCUCUACUAUGGAACAGUCAAUCGGCUGCUAAACCUGGUAAACCAAAAAGCAAAAAAAAAUUUCCAUCUCUUCGGGCAAAAUUUGAACAUCGUUUUCAAGCUCAGAAUCCUUUAUCGGGGGCACAGCACUUUGUGGUAAAGGAUCCCCAGGAGGAGGAUGAUGUGAAGUUUUGUACUCAUACCAUGGUGCUUCCCACAAGAGGGCAGUUAGAAGGUCGGAUGAUAGUAACAGCAUAUGAGUGUGGACUGGACAAUGUUUCGGAAGAUGCUGUGUCAGCAGUGGUUCAUGCAUUGGAGAAUCAUCUGAAAGACAUCUUGACGGCUGUGAUAUCCAGGAGGCGGUCGUACCGUUUACGUGAUGGUCAUUUUAAGUAUGCAUUUGGAAGCAGCAUUAAUCCUCAACCAUAUUUAAAAAACAGCAUUAUUGCAUAUAACAACAUUAUUGACUGCCCCCCUCCUGGUAUGCAGCUAACUGCUGGACAGAACUCAGGUCCUCACAUCUCCUCAGAUGAUGUGGAGCAGCAGGCAGCCCUUCUUUUGGCCUGUUCUGGUGAAGAUAUGCUAGCUACUCUCCCACCUGUGAACAUGUAUGACCUUCUUGAAGCUCUCCAGGAAACAAAGACAGAGUCUAUAAGGCAAAACAGCGUCAACUUCAUGGACUUUAUGCAGAUUACAGAGGAGGAGGUGUUUGCUGUCUUGAGACAGAUUAGGAUGAAUAAAUUCCCAGUACCUGACAAGGUGUCGCUCAGAACCUGCGGGAGGCAAGUGCAGAAAUUGCCUGGCGGCAGGUAGGAUGAUUUAGCUAUCAUUAGCUAAAUCAUCCUCCAAUCAGAGGAUUGGAGGAUUGCUAAUGUUGUUCUGCUGUUUAAGAAAGGCUCUAAAAUUUAACCAGGACAAUAUAGGGCAGUGAGCCUGACAUCAGUAGUGGGAAAUCAGCACGGCUUCAUGUGUGUUAGGUUGUGUCUAACCAAUCUUAGAUUUUGUCGAAGAAAUUAGCUGGAAAGUUGAGGAAGGCAAGGCAGUUGAUGUUGUCUAUGUGGAUUUCAGCAAGGCAUUUAACAAGGUCCCACAUGGGAAGUUGGUCAAGGACGUUCAGUUGCUCGCCAUUCAAGAUGAGGUAGUAAUUUGGGUUAGACAUUAACUUCUUGGGAAAAGCCAGAGAGUGGUAGUAGAUGGUUGCCCCCCUGACUAGAGGCCUGUGACUAGUGGAGUCCCGCAGGAAUUGGUGCUGGGUCUGUUGUUGUUUGUCAUAUAUAUCAUCAAUCUAAAUGAUAAUGUGGUUAACUAGAUUAACAAACAACCAAUGACACCACAUUGGGAGUGUAAUGGACGGCAAGGAAGAUGAUCAUGGCUUGCAGAUGGAUGGGGACCAGUUGGCAAAAAGGGCUGAAAAAUAGCUGAUGCCAUUUGCUGCAGACUAUCGUGAGGUGUUGCACUUCAGUAGAACCAACUAGGGUAGGUCUUACACAGUGAAUGCUAGGGCACUGAGGCGUGCAGUAGUACAAGGGAUUUGGAAUUACAGGUCCAAAAUUCAUAGAAAGGGUUGAUAGUGUCAUAAACAAAACUUCUGGCACUUUGCUUUUCAUAAAUCAUUAUUGAGUACAGGAGAUGGGGUGUUAUGUUGAAGUUUUAUAAGGCAUUGCUGAGGCCUAAUUUGGAGUAUUGUGUACAGAUUUGGUCACCUACCUACAGGAAGUAGUAUAGAGAAAAUUUACAAGGAUGUUGCGGGGUCUGGAGUACCUUUAUUAUAUGGAAAGAUGAACUAGGUUGGUAUUUUAUUCCUUGGAUAGUAGAAGACUGAGGGGAGACUUGAUAGAGGUAUAAAAAAUUAUGAGGAGUAUUGAUAGGGUAAAUGCAAGCAAGCUUUUUCCAUUGAGGUUGGGUGGGACUACAACUAGAGGCUAUGGGUUAAGGGCAAAAGGUGAAAAGUUUAAGGGGAACAUGAGGGGAAACUUCUUCGUUCAGAGGGUCAUGAGAGUGUGCAUCAGCUGCAUGCGUAAGUGAUGCAUACAAGCACGAUUUCAGUGUUUUAAGAGAAGUAUGGAAAGGUACAUAGAUGGUAGGGGUAUGGAGAGUUAUGGUCCCAGUGCAGUUUAAAUGUCUCACCACGGACUAGAUGGGCCGAAUAGUUGUUUCUAUUCUGUACUUUUCUAUGACUAGUUCUGUAUUUUGUAUUCAACUGGAAGAAUAACACCAUUGUGGAAUGUAUGGCUAACAAUGUUAUUAAUUAAACCAAGGUGGACCAUCAACUGCAGGACCGUCGCAUCACAUCUUUUGGUUCUGGCCUAUAAAUAUAUUUCAGCUUCAGUUGCAAAUGAAGGAAUGUUCAAUGUCCACAACCAAAUCCAACAAGAAAGAAACUAACUGGUUGAUAUAUGUGCGUUUUCUUUUCUUUGUGGCUAAAGUACCAAGGGCAGGAAUUAAUCCUUAAUAUGCCUGGAGCUUUGGGCCCCAACUCAACCACUAUACCAAACCUCAGAAAGCAGCCACAGACAUUCUUCUGUCUACCAGCUGAUCUGCUGUGUAUUCUUUGUGUUCAGAUUCCAUUGUUCACAAUAAUUGAUUUUCUGAAUGGUUCCUAGGAUGUGUUUCUGCUACUUUUGGAAACAAAAACUUCACCAAAUGCAUUACGUUAUAAAUCUGUUAAUUCAGUUUCUCUGACCGUUGUGAGCUGAGAAGGGAAAAGUUAUUCCAGAUUGUCAGGAUAACUGAGUUUUGGGUAAUUGUUUUAAUUAUUAGUGUUAAAUAGUUACUAAAAUUGCUGCAGUUUACUCUUAAUUUUUAGCAAAAGAGAAAAACAUAGAUUUUUGAGUCCGUACUUAGCUCAGCCAAACUGAAAUGAUCAAAGCUUCUCACCUCUUUAUACUAUCACCCCUCUGUACUCACAGUUUAGAUGCAGGGUUUUGUCUGAAACAUUGACCAUUCCUCUGCCUCCAGAGAUGCUGCCUGACCUACUGUGUUCCUACAGCAGUUAAUUUUUUUUGAAUGAAUUUAAGAUUAUAAUUUCUGUGAAAUGUUCACAUUAAUCUGUUGCCUUUUUAUUGUACUUAAUGAUCUUUUUU